AUGGGUUUAUCCUUUCCUCUCAUCUUGAUCGUGCGCUUUCUUGUUUCAUUGAUGAUGUUUUAUCUUAUACUUGCUGCCUCUUCUUCUGGUGUGCAGCCCCUGUGCCAUGAUGAUGAGAGAUUUGCCUUGUUGCAAUUCAAGGAAAGUUUCAUCAUCAAUCAGUCUGCAUCCAGAGAUCCCUCUGCUUAUCCAAAGGUUUCAUCGUGGAAGCCUGAUCAAAUCAGUGAUUGCUGCAAGUGGGACGGUGUAGAGUGCAAUAAGGACACCGGUCAUGUCAUCGCCCUUGAUCUCAGUAGCAGCUGUCUUAAAGGUUUUCUCAACUCCAAUAGCAGCCUCUUCCGCCUUGCUCACCUCCAAAACCUCAAUCUGGACGACAAUGACUUUAACUCUUCUCCAAUCCCAACUAGUUUUAGACGGCUUUCAAGGCUAACAGAGCUCAGCCUCUCUUACUCUGUAUUUUCUGGCCAAAUCCCUUCAGAAAUCUUAGAGCUCUCCAAGUUAGUUUUGCUAGAUCUCUCAUAUAAUCCGUUGUUGAAGCUCCAAAAAUCUGGCCUAACAGUUAUAGCUCAAAACCUCACAAACUUAGAAGUACUAUAUCUUGACCAGGUUGUUAUAUCAUCCAACGUACCUAAUAUCUUGGCAAACUUAUCUUUUUUAACGAAUCUAUCUCUAAGAAAGUGUGACCUGCAUGGUGAGUUUCCUGUGGGAAUCUUUGGUCUACCUAAUCUUCAGCUUCUUCGUAUAGGGAUCAACGAGUACCUCACGGGAUGUCUCCCAGAAUUUAACAGAACUAGCCUCCUUGUAUCAUUGAGACUUGGAUCCACGAACUUCUAUGGUGAGCUACCGGAUUCGAUUGGUCACCUCAAGUCCUUGGUUAGAUUGACUGCGUGUUAUUGCAAUUUCUCAGGAGAAAUACCAUCUUCACUAGGUAACGUUACCAAUCUAAAUGUUUUAGAACUUCAAUCCAAUAGGUUGAGCGGUUCAGUUCCACAGUCAAUAUCAAGGCUUGUAAAUCUUGAACUUCUGUAUAUUCAUGACAACAAUUUGAGUGGCAUGGUGGAGUUUGAGUUGUUUCUGAGACUCAGAAGCCUCAGUCAUCUCCAGUUAUCUGGAAACAAUAUUUCAUUGCUUACAAAGGCCAGUACCAACUCAACCUUUCCAAAAUUUAGGAUAUUAUUACUAGCUGAUUGUGACUUGGGUAAGUUCCCAGAGUUUCUGAGGAACCAAGAUCAGUUGGAGCUAUUAGAUCUUGGUGGAAACAAAAUUCAUGGCCAAGUUCCAAAAUGGGUGGGGAACGUAAGUAUAAAAACUCUCGGGGCUUUAGAUCUGCGAUACAACUUUCUCACCGGUUUCGACCAACUUCCUGUUAAUCUGAAGGAUUUGCUGCUUGAUUUUAACAUGCUUCAAGGGUCAUUGCCAAUCCCACCACCUUCCAUUGCUUCCUAUUCGGUCUCAAACAACAGACUGACCGGAGAAAUACCACAUCUGAUUUGCAAUCUAAGUUUAAUAACUAAUCUCGAUUUGUCAAGCAACAACUUGGGUGGCCUUCUUCCUCAAUGUUUAGGCAACUUGAGUCAUUCUGUCUCAUUGGACCUACACGGUAAUAACUUUCAUGGAACCAUUCCUCGGAUCUGUGGGGAAGCAAGCAAAUUGAUGAUGAUUGAUUUCAGCCAAAAUCAUUUACAGGGGCGCGUACCGAGAUCAUUGGCCAAAUGUACCAAGCUUGAAGCUAUUAAUCUUGGUAACAAUCAGAUACAUGAUAUUUUUCCUUCCUGGUUGGGCAUUCUUCCAGAGUUGAGGAUUCUCAUUUUAGGAUCUAAUAAACUCUAUGGUACAAUACGAAGUUCGGAUAGCAAUUUCAAAUUCCCAAAAUUGCAGAUCAUUGACCUCUCAAAUAAUCAUAUUUCUGGCAAGUUGCCAUCUGAACACUUCCAAAAUUGGAAAGCCAUGCAAAUCGUCGAUGCCGAGAGCUUAACGUACAUGGGGAAAAUCCAAACUUUAGGGAUCUCUGCAGAAUCUACGCUGGACAUUACCUCCUUUUACUCAAUCACAAUGAUCAACAAAGGCACGAAGAUGGAAUAUGAGAAAGUCCCAGAUUUCUUAAUAGCUAUUGAUCUCUCGAGCAAUAAAUUUGAAGGAGAAAUUCCAGAAAUGGUGGGGAAUCUGAAUGGACUUAUUUGGCUCAACAUUUCCAACAACUUUCUCACAGGUCCUAUACCAUAUACUUUGACAAACUUGACAAGGCUAGAAUCACUAGAUCUGUCUCAAAACCAGUUGUCUGGUGUGAUCCCUCCGCAACUAACAGAACUCACUUUCCUUUCACACUUCAAUGUCUCCCAUAAUCGCUUGACAGGUCCUAUACCACAUGGGAAACAAUUCGACACAUUCAACAACAGUUCGUUCAGUGAUCAGAACCCUGAAUUAUGCGGUAACACUUUGUCAAAGAAAUGUUGGAAUCCUGAGGACUCACUGCCUCCAUCUUCAAGCCAUAACUCAGAGUUCGCAUUUGACUUUGGUUGGAAAGAAAUCGUGAUGGGAUAUGGAUGUGGAUUCGUGUUUGGAGCUAUGUCUGGGCAAAUCGUGGUCACAAAGAAGUAUGGUUGGUUUAUGAAGACGUUUGGAAUUGGGUAG